GCUGGCUAGCUUGUUCGCGCGCUGCGCCCCUACGAACAAGCAGCUAUCAUGGACAUUAACGCGCGGCGGCGACCGGACCAUCAGUAAACUGCUCUGGACCAUGAUACUUCUAGUCCCCAUCGGGACAAACCAGCUCAGACAACCAGCUCAUUAUCUGAUACAUAAAGCGAUGAGCUGCAAGUCUGCGCCACCUGGACUCAUCCAUCCAUUACCUGCACCACUUCAUCCUCACUAGGGUCUCUGAGAGCAGGGGCCUAUCUCCAGCAGUCGCCAGCGGUGACCAGACCAGAGGCAUGACAGAAGAGAAAUGUCCUCAGCUGGUGGACUACUUCGUGGUAGCAGGUCUCCCCCCUGUAGUGCCCUGGAGGCCCCUGGGUGAGGAUGGCAAGACCUCCUCUCCCUCCUCCUCGUCAACGCGGGCGGUGGAGCCGGUGACGGACCUGGUAGUGAUUGCUCGAGGUCUCGGGGAGGAAGUACCACAAGGCUUUACCUGCAUCGAGAAGACCCUCGGGGGUCAUUCAGCUGAGCUGAGCGCCGGUCUCAUCAACAACCCACACCUGCACCUGUGCUACCGCAGAGGACGGGACAAACCGCCUAUCCUAGAUCUGGGGGUUCUGUAUGAGGGGAAGGAGCCUCUGAAACAAGGCUGGUACGUCAUCGAGACCACUCCCUACAGCCACUCGGCCAGCCUCAGCUCUGGGGGCGCUCCCACAGCUCACCGCGUCUUCCUGACAUACCGCCGAGCUCUGGACUCACAGGGCCUCCACACGCUGGGUGUCAUCACCGACAUUGCCCUGCUGCUGCCAAGCAAGGGGGAGGUGGCGCCUCACACCUUUUGUCGGGUCGACAAGAAUCUCAACACGGGCGUGUGGGGUCCUGCCCUGUACCUGUGUUACAAGAGAGCUGUGGCUAAAGCUAACGCCCUGGUAUUUGAAGCUGGUCUGAUCACCCGAUACCCAGAGGAUGACCUGGAGGCAUUCCCGCUUCCCGAGUCGGUGCCGGUCUUCUGUCUGCCGAUGGGCGUCACCGUGGAGAGCUGGCCGCUGAACUCCAAGUACCAGCUUCCUGUCUUCUCCACCUUCGUCCUCACGUCUGCCUCUGGGGACAAGGUCUAUGGAGCUGCCAUCCAGUUCUAUGAGUCAUUUUCCAAGGAUCUGCUGUCUGAGCGUCAGAACGUUCGGCUCGGCCUGCUCAGCGUGGUCGACCGGCGCCCCAUCACCAGCCGUAGUCUUCAUGUGAAGAAGAGCAUCUGCGUCCUCUCCCACUGGCCCUUUUUCACCGUCUUCCAGAAGUUCCUCACCUUUAUCUACAGAUACUCCAUCUCUGGGCCGCACGUCCUGCCUCUUGAAAAACAUGUCUCCAGCUUCAUGCACAAUGUCCCGUUUCCUUCUCCUCAGCGUCCUCGCAUCCUGGUUCAGCUCUCACCCUACGACAACUUGUUGCUAUGCCAACCAGUCUCAUCCCCCCUCCCAAUCAGCGGUGCAAGCUUCCUGAAGCUGCUGCAGAACCUCGGACCAGAGAACGCCUGCACGCUGUUGUUUGCUGUCCUCACAGAACACAAGCUGCUGCUGCACUCGCUUCGACCGGACGUCCUCACCUCCGUCAGCGAGGCCCUUGUCUCUAUGACCUUUCCCCUGCGCUGGCUGUGUCCGUACAUCCCCCUGUGUCCACUGCAGAUGGCUGACGUGCUGCUGGCGCCCAUGCCUUUUAUUGUCGGGGUUCACUCCAGCUACUUUGACCUGCACGACCCACCUGCUGAGGUGAUGUGUGUUGACUUGGACACCAACACCAUCUUUCAGUCUGAGGAUAAAAAGCUGUCGUGGCGAUCGUUACCCAGAAAGCAUGGCAAGACCCUUUUCAACACUCUGACAAACCUUCACAAAACUCUGGAGAAGAUUUGUAGUUCUGGCCAGGAGGACGCGACACUCGAGUUCCUGCUCACCGACUACGAUCAGAUCUACAGGCGUCAGAAGCAGCUGGAGCUAGAGAUCCAGGAAGCAUUCCUGCGCUUCAUGAGCUGCCUACUGCGUGGAUACAGAACCUUCCUGUUACCCAUCACGCAGGCGCCAUCAGACAGAACCACCGACGUCAGCUCCCUGUUCAACUUGCAGGGUUUUCUGAAGUCUCGCGAUCGGACACAGCAGAAGUUUUACAUCCAGCUGACGAGGACUCAGAUGUUUACUCAGUUCAUCGAGGAGUGCUCCUUUGUCAGCGAUCGACAUGCCUGCCUUGAGUUCUUUGAUGAAAGUGUCCAAAAGGUGGACGUGGAGAAGCCAGAGGAGGUGAGGCUGAUUGACCUUGAUGAGACUUCGAGUGGAGAGCACACCGUCUUCAUCAUGCCUCCUGAAGAGCCACAGGAAGCUGACGGCUCGGAGUGCCCCGCCCUCUACAGUUAUGACACCUUCCCCACCCUGAAACCGGAGCUGUUUGACCGACCGCAGGACCAACUCCGUGUCCCGGCAAAGGGCGGAGCCCCUGAUAGCCCCGCCCCCAGACGAACUAAACAGGAGAUCAAGUUGGCCCAGAAACGAGCUCAGAAGUACUCGGCGGUUCCGGAUAUGUGGUCCAAGUGUUUGCUGGGCCACUGCUACGGACUCUGGUUCAUCUAUCUGCCCACCUUUGUCCGGGCUGAGAGCUCCAAAGUCCGUGCCCUCCACACGGCCUACGAUGUCCUCAAACACAUGGAGACACGGAAGGUGAUGCUGCCAGACGAGGUGUGCUAUCGGAUCCUAAUGCAGAUGUGUGGUCAGUAUGGUCAGCCUGUCCUCGCUGUCCGAGUCCUGCUGGAGAUGAAGAAAGCUGGAAUCACACCUAACACCAUCACCUACGGAUACUACAACAAGGCUGUGCUGGAGAGCAAAUGGCCUUCAACCAAUCAGGGUGGGCGUCUCCGCUGGGCAAAGCUGCGGAAUGUCGUACUGGCUGUGGCCCAGUUCAGACGACCAAUCAGACGGCGGCAGAAGAGUGACUCAAUGGGCUCCCGUGGAGAAGCUGCGAUGGAGCCUGACCCGAAGCUCCGCCCAUACUCCACUCUGAUUCGUCAGUCUAGUUGGAGCGGUCUGAGUGACAGCUCGAGUCACGAAUCACUGAGCGGGUCAUUGGUAAAAAGCAGCAGCCUUAGCAGCAUGAAGACACCUGGGAAUGGAACAAGAACCAGUCAGAGAACAGCUUCCUCUCACACGGGGACAAAUGGGGCUUCUGCCUCUCGUCGCCCCCCCCUGGCCCGACGAGAUACCUCCAGCCCAUCUCCGGCAGUUCUUGGCGGGACUCUGGUCCAGCGUAGCCAGGUUUGCCUGUCCACCUUUUACACAGAGUGCGCUGAGUCGGCGGACUCUGAGCUGGACUGCAGAUGUCAGCCAGAGACCAGAGGCAGCAGGUCUGAGGGAACACGAGACUCUACCAGCAGAAACAAGGUUGUGGAUGAGAACUACAAUAAUGUGGCAUCACCAAGUCGAGGAGGUCUGGCAGGGAAGCUGCAGCAGCUCCUCACACCAACCAGACACAGAGCUUCUGCACGCCGAGCCGCCAGCGUGGACAACCGACGGCCGGGGGGAGGAGGGGGACGGAUUGGACGAAGAGUAUCAGAGCAGAGACAAACCAAGAAAUCUCAUGUAGCUGAAACUCUGCUGAAGGCCAAAGAUCGUUUGGUGAACGCUACAUCAGAGAGCUCCCUGUCUCUAGGAAGCGACCUGGACCUGACAGACACGCCCACCUCUGUCUUUCGUCCACGCAGGUCGUGGGAUGCUAACCAGGAAGGGGCGGAUAUAGAGGUUCUGAUGUCCAGCUGCUCGCUGUGCCGCGGCUGUAACUCGCUGGUCUAUGACGAGGAGAUCAUGGCGGGAUGGACAUCGGAUGACUCCAACCUGAACUCGUCCUGUCCAUUCUGUCGCACUUCCUUUGUGCCGUUCCUGAAUGCUGAGGUCUGUGACCUCGGACCUGUCAGCAGUGUGGAGCGCUGUAACCUGAACCUGGAGGAUGAAGUGGAGAGCGCUGUGAGGCCCCCCAGUGGUCCAGAGGCCUCCCGGCAGCACCAGUGUAACGGGCUCAGCAACGACUCCAGCUCCGAGACCAGCAGCUACUCAGAGACCAGCAGAAUCACCACGGUGUCGUCGGUAGGCGGGACUCCUCAGGUGACGGUGGCCUACCUGAGCCCCCUGGUUCUGAGGAAGGAGCUGGAGAGCCUGCUGGAGAACGAAGGUGAUGCGGUUCUGGGCCAACCUCAGUUCCUGGACAGCCACUCCAUCAUCUUCUGGAACCUGGUCUGGUACUUUCAGCGACUUGGUCUACCCAGUAACCUGCUGCAGCUGGUCAGGAGCUCACCACUGGUCAGCCAGUUUUCUCAGUCAGAGAACUCCUCUGUGAGGGUCCGGCUCCUCUGGGACACCCUGACCCCUGACACGGACCAGUGGCCCCCCCUCUAUGUCCUCUGGAGGAUCCACAGUGGCGUCCCAAUGAGGAACUACAGCUGGCGGCACCACAACCACCCGUUCACGCUGGCCUUCCUGGAGGAGGUGCUGCGCUGUGUGGGCAUGAACGAGGUGCACAAGGCCGUCACGCUCCUCCUGGACACACUGGCCAAGCAGUCCGCUUCUUCCCAGAUCCAGAGGAGUCUGUACAGAGAGUUCCUGUUCCUCACGCUGGCGGCGAUGGGAAAAGACCAUGUUGUGGCCUUUGACAAGAAGUACAAGGCGGCGUACACGCGGCUCUGCAGCUCUCUGAGUCGAGACGAGCUUCACAGGAAGCGAGCUCAGCCCCCCAGCCCUAAGGCCAUCGACUGCAGGCGCAGCUUCCACCCUCCUCUGGAGUGCUGAGGUUCUGGUGAACAGACUGACCUCAGAUCUGCUGUGGUGCUUUUAAGGAUAGAAGGAAAGUGUGGGUCAGUACCAUCCAGAGGAACCAGGUUCAAAGACAAUAAAGACCAACUACCUGCUGCUGUCUGGGAGUCAGAACAUCUGAGGAAGGAACUUCCUCGGGUCGCAUAUAGACAUUUUUCAUGAGCAACAGUCUGAUCAGAACUUCUGCUGGGUCUUAGUGUCUAGAGUUCAUCGAUGUGUCAGAAGCAAAUCCCGUUAGUCCUCCACACCCGCAGCACACUUGGACACCCGCAGGACACCGUGAUAUCUGAAACCCUCAGUAACUUCUAAACUGUCACAGAACAACAGAAAAAUGUUUUUAUUCAGUUUUUAAUCAAAUGGUCAAGAAGAGAAAAUGUCUCUGGGCCUCCUCCUGGUCUCUGUUUCCUUAUUUCUUUGUGGCCUCCUCACCUCCUCCUGAUCCCUGGGGGUGCCAAGCCCUGAUAACAGCUCAGUACUUGAUACCUAUUAUGAGGACGGGACUUUAGGAUCAACAAAAACUGGACUAGAACCUGAGAGGGGUUCUUUUGCAGAAUGAGAGCAGCGACUCACUCACAGUAAAAAUGUAGAUUCUGGUGGUUUUUUAUUUUAUUUUAAGUGAGAGCAGAAGAGUGAAUUUAAAACAGAUGUUUGUGUUUAUUGUUGUAAUUUAUAUUAAUCUGAUUUCAGUUGCAAAUGUUGUUUUUUGUAAGAAAACACCAAUAAAAGCUGAGGUGAAGCUG